AUGGCCGUGGCCGGCGGGGAGGCGGCCUCGGCCCACAGUAAUGGCAGCGCUGUGAGCAAAGGACGCCAGCUGACAGCCGCCGCCGCCGCCGCCGCCGCCCACCCUCCUCGCCGGGGCCUCGUCCUCCACGCCUUCGGGCCGCCCCCUCCCCUGUCCCCUGCCCCUUGUCCCGCUUCUGCAGCAGCUGUAAGCUUCUUGAAGGCAACAUGUCUAGCACCUGGUAGAAGUCUGGACUAUAGUAGAUUUCAACACUAAACUUGCACAAUGUCUUUGAAACCAAGAGUAGUAGAUUUUGAUGAAACAUGGAACAAACUUUUAACGACAAUCAAAGCUGUUGUCAUGUUGGAAUACGUUGAAAGAGCAACAUGGAACGAUCGCUUCUCAGAUAUCUAUGCUUUAUGUGUGGCCUAUCCUGAACCCCUUGGAGAAAGACUUUAUACAGAAACUAAGGUUUUUUUGGAAAAUCACGUACGGCAUUUGCACAAGAGAGUCCUGGAGUCUGAAGAGCAAGUACUUGUCAUGUAUCAUAGGUACUGGGAGGAGUAUAGCAAGGGAGCAUACUACAUGGACAGCUUGUAUAGGUAUCUCAACACCCAGUUCAUUAAAAAGAAUAAGUUGACAGAAGCUGACCUUCAGUAUGGCUACGGCGGUGUGGAUAUGAAUGAGCCACUGAUGGAAAUAGGAGAGCUAGCUUUGGAUAUGUGGAGGAAAUUGAUGGUUGAGCCACUUCAGACCAUCCUUAUCAGAAUGCUGCUCCGAGAGAUUAAAAAUGAUCGUGGUGGAGAAGACCCAAACCAGAAAGUAAUCCAUGGGGUUAUUAACUCCUUUGUUCAUGUUGAACAGUAUAAGAAAAAAUUCCCCUUAAAGUUUUAUCAGGAAAUCUUUGAGUCUCCCUUUCUGACUGAAACAGGAGAGUAUUACAAACAAGAAGCUUCAAAUUUAUUACAAGAAUCAAACUGUUCACAGUAUAUGGAAAAGGUUCUAGGUAGAUUAAAAGAUGAAGAAAUUCGAUGUCGAAAAUACUUGAACCCAAGUUCAUAUACUAAAGUCAUUCAUGAAUGUCAACAACGAAUGGUGGCAGACCACUUACAGUUCUUACAUGCAGAAUGCCACAAUAUCAUCCGACAAGAGAAGAAAAACGACAUGGCAAAUAUGUAUGUCUUACUGCGCGCUGUGUCCACUGGUUUACCUCAUAUGAUUCAGGAGCUGCAAAGCCAUAUCCACGACGAGGGCCUUCGAGCCACCAGUAAUCUUACUCAGGAAAAUAUGCCAACACUAUUUGUGGAAUCAGUUUUGGAAGUACAUGGCAAGUUUGUUCAACUUAUCAACACUGUUCUGAAUGGUGAUCAGCACUUUAUGAGUGCGUUGGAUAAGGCCCUUACGUCAGUUGUAAACUACAGAGAACCCAAGUCGGUUUGCAAAGCACCUGAAUUGCUUGCUAAGUACUGUGACAACUUACUAAAGAAAUCGGCGAAGGGGAUGACUGAGAAUGAAGUAGAAGACAAGCUCACAAGCUUCAUUACUGUCUUCAAGUAUAUCGAUGAUAAGGAUGUUUUUCAAAAGUUCUACGCAAGGAUGCUGGCAAAACGUUUAAUUCACGGGUUGUCUAUGUCUAUGGAUUCUGAAGAAGCUAUGAUCAAUAAAUUAAAGCAAGCUUGUGGCUAUGAGUUUACCAGCAAGCUACAUCGGAUGUAUACAGAUAUGAGUGUCAGUGCUGAUCUCAAUAAUAAGUUCAACAAUUUUAUCAAAAAUCAAGACACAGUAAUAGAUUUGGGAAUUAGUUUUCAAAUAUAUGUUCUGCAGGCUGGAGCGUGGCCUCUUACUCAGGCUCCUUCAUCUACAUUUGCUAUUCCCCAGGAGUUGGAAAAAAGUGUACAGAUGUUUGAAUUAUUUUACAGUCAGCAUUUCAGUGGGAGGAAACUUACAUGGUUACAUUACCUCUGUACAGGAGAAGUUAAAAUGAACUAUCUGGGCAAACCAUAUGUAGCCAUGGUUACAACAUACCAAAUGGCAGUUCUUCUUGCCUUUAACAACAGUGAGACUGUCAGCUAUAAAGAGCUUCAAGACAGCACUCAGAUGAAUGAGAAGGAACUGACGAAAACAAUCAAAUCAUUACUUGAUGUGAAAAUGAUUAACCAUGAUUCAGAAAAGGAAGACAUCGAUCCGGAAUCUUCAUUUUCAUUAAAUAUGAACUUCAGCAGUAAAAGAACAAAAUUUAAGAUUACUACAUCAAUGCAGAAAGACACACCACAGGAAAUGGAACAGACUAGAAGUGCUGUAGAUGAGGACCGGAAAAUGUAUCUGCAAGCUGCUAUAGUUCGUAUCAUGAAAGCACGGAAAGUACUUCGGCAUAACGCCCUCAUUCAAGAGGUGAUUAGCCAGUCAAGAGCUAGGUUUAAUCCUAGUGUCAGCAUGAUUAAGAAGUGUAUUGAAGUUCUCAUAGACAAACAGUACAUUGAACGCAGCCAAGCGUCAGCAGAUGAAUACAGCUACGUAGCGUGAUGUCGCUCUCCUCCAGUGUGGGUGUGAGGUCAUUGCCGUCACCAUUUGGUGUGUUCCUGUGGGAAAAAGCAGGCCUGUGCCUCCAUAAUUUGGUCAUUUGGCAGCCCCUGUUUUUCUGCUGUUUACAACAUCACCAGUGCCACGUCAUGAGCGUCCGAGAAAAUGCCUAGAGAUACUUCAAGCUCAUGUCAUUCUGACAUUUCUUAAAACUUUAUUAAAAGAAUGAGUGAAGUAUUGCUGAAAUGUGGAAAUCUGGUUGGGUACCAUGCUUUUUCUCCCCUUCACGUUUGCAGUUGAUGUGUUUUUUUUUUUAAUGUAUCUUAAAGGACAUAAAAUAAAAAACUUAAAUAUUGUAAUAUGACAGAUAACCUAAUAAUUGUAUCCACAUUAAAAUGACAAACAUGAUAUUGCUGCUUGUCAAAUAAAAAAAUAAAGAAGUAGAAUGCC